CCACCAAUGACCUUGGACAUGGCCAAAAAUUUUAGUCGAAAAAUGUGCCUAUGAGAGUCUAGGCGUCACUCUAAAGCGCUAAAUUGGAAUAUGACCCUGACUGCGUAAGAGCGCCUAUUUGAAUUUUCGGAACUCUUAGUUUAUAUUGUCGUUUGAGGUAAAGAGAAUCAAAUCUACCUUCUACUAGCUUACAAGGCUAACACUUCUCUUGUGAAAGCCUCAUUCUCAUCGUUAAAUUAGAUAGACUAUAUGUGAAAGGAUUUGAGAUAGCUACCUGUUUCACUUACCGUUGGAUUAUUUCAUUCAUUUUCCACUGUCAAUAAUAAAGAUAUGUUUCCACCGAGUGAUCCAGUCCAAUUGACAGAAGAAGAUUUAACCACGCUUAAAAAGUGUCGACAGUUAUCAUUUUGGCGAGGUAGUGUACCGUUUACAAUUGGUGCUGGUUUAGCUGUCACCGUCGCUGACAAAUAUGGUUUCUUUACAAAACGUAGAAUGCUUCGAAUCCCGUGUUAUGUUGUCAGUAUGACUGUUGGUUAUUUUCUUGGCAAAAUAAGUUAUAUCGGUGAAUGUAAGCGUAUGUUUCUUCAACUGAACGAUAGUCGUAUAAAAGAUCAAAUUCUCAGAGUAGAACAAUUCACUCAAUCUGGUGGUGGAACAUUUCAACCAACUCCUGAUUCGCCUAUUAUUGUAAAUACACCUGUUGAAAAACAUCCACCAAUGAGUUAUGCAGAACGUAGAGAAUAUUAUCGUCAUCAUCCUGAACAAUCUUCACCUGCGUAUUCUAAUUCUAAAACACCCGAGGUGGUGGUAACUGAUGAAGGCAAAAAACAAUCGGAAACAAAUUCAAGUCUUCAGUAUUUCGAUAAAGACAGACCAAUCAGUUCAUUCUACUAUGAUGAUGACUAUCGACCUAAAGAUUAAAAUAAACAGUGUAAUAAUUCACUGGGAAACAUACCAUUCUAUGUGGUGGUUCUAUACUUUUUAAAUUUCUAGUAGUGUUAAUUUUCACUGAAGGUGGAGUGUUAGUUAUAUGCUAUGUGGUAAGGCUUUCUUUUCUGCUUGCUCUCUCCUCUUCCUCCUCGUUCUUGCUCUAUUACUAAUGCUGCCGCUGCUGCUACUGAAGUGUAAAGACUUUCGUCUUCAAUUAGAUAAUAACAUGUAUUUUGGUAUACUUAUCCCAUAGUUUGUUUAUCCCCUGUAUCAUUCGUGAGCUAAAGUUUUAGAAUUGGUUGUAAAUAUACACUUUAGUUAUAAUACAAUAUACAUAUAUGUAU